CUUUUUCUUUCAAAUCCUUUUGUUUGUACUUGAUUAAUCCCAAAAGCCCAAACCCUAAUAAUCGAUUCGGACCUUGACUAAAGCCAUCAUCUCUCUUCCUCCUUGUUUUGCUACCUAGACGGAUUCGAAUGAAGGUCUCUCGGUAGUCUUAGAAUCUCGUAAGGUAUCUUUGCUUCUAUCAUCGUUCAAAUUCUUCCUACAGAUUUUUCACCAGUAAUGCAGCCUCCUUUACCAGUGCCGCAAGGAGCCUUGUCGAGUUCCGCUAGCUUUUCUUUUUCUCCAAAUCCUCAGUCGGUUCAGAAUGCUCAAAACCAUCUAUCUAAAUCUGAUACACUAACCACUGGUACACAAACUGCUUCUGUAUCAUCUGCAUUAACUGUUUCUCAACCUGACCCAUUGCCAGUCCAUAACUCUUCAGAUUUUACAAUGAAUGCAUCUACCACUCCCAAUUUUCCCCCUGUAACUUCAUGGAUGUCCACCACUCUAUCAUUCCCCAUGUCUAGUGGAUCUUCAGGGGCACCAGCACACCCUGGGUUAGUACCAUCUGCUCAGAUGAUUACUGAUUCUGCUGCUACAGAUUCUCCCUCUUCUGCAGUUCCUGGACCCAAUGCCCCCUUUUCAUUAAAUCCAGCUGCUCAGCAACAAGCAUACCCUGCCUAUACAUCCUUACCUCCGAUGGUUUCUUCUCCUCAGGGAUUUUGGAUGCAACAUCCUCCAAUGGGUGCCUUUCCCAGGCUUCCGUUCAUGCCUUGCCCUACUUUUUAUCCUGGACCCUUUCCUUCAACUUCAAGUGGUAUGCCUCUUCCUGCACCAUCAUCUGAUUCUCAACCUCCUGGUGUUAGACCUUUGGGAAUGAGUCUGUUUGCACCAUCUACAAUUGCUCCUGCUAACCAGUCAUUGGCAAUCCAGAAAGGAUUACUUCAAGGAAUUGAUAAUAGGAAACUUGUCCAUGACGUUGGCACCAAAGCUGAAACUGCUGUCAAUGAACAAUCUGAUGUCUGGACUGCCCACAAGACUGACACGGGGGUUGUUUAUUACUAUAAUGCAUUAACAGGAGUAUCGACUUAUGAAAAACCUGCGGGAUUUAAAGGGGAGCCUGAUCAAGUUACUGUGCAGCCAACUCCAGUUUCUGUCGAGCAAAUGGCAGGAACAGAUUGGUCACUAGUUACCACAAAUGAUGGCAAAAAAUAUUACUACAACAGCAAAACCAAGAUUAGUAGCUGGCAGAUCCCUAGUGAAGUAACAGAGUUGAGAAAGAAACAAGAUAGUGAAGUAUCAAAGGAGCUUGCACCAUCAAUACCAACUACUGAUGUAGUGGCAGAAAAAGGAUCUACUCCAAUGAGUUUGAGUGCUCCUGCUGUUAACACGGGUGGCCGUGAUGCCAUUCCUUUAAGAACCUCAGUGGUGCCUGGUUCCUCAUCUGCACUGGAUUUAAUUAAGAAGAAGUUGCAAGACUCUGGAGUUCCUUCUUCCUCAACUGUUCCGGUUACGUCAGUAUCAGCGGCACAUGAAUUAAAUGGUUCAAAAGCAGUUGAUGUCAAGGGCUUGCAGAGCGAGAACAACAAAGAUAAGCUAAAAGAUGUCAAUGGCGAUGGUAACAUAUCUGAUUCCUCUUCAGAUUCUGAGGGUGUAGACACUGGGCCUUCUAAGGAAGAGUGUAUUAUGCAAUUUAAGGAAAUGCUCAAAGAACGGGGAGUUGCACCAUUCUCAAAAUGGGAAAAGGAACUUCCAAAGAUUGUGUUUGAUCCACGUUUUAAGGCUAUUCCAACUCAUUCUGCUAGGAGGUCCUUGUUUGAACACUAUGUUAAGACACGUGCCGAGGAGGAACGCAGGGAAAAACGAGCAGCUCAGAAAGCUGCAAUAGAGGGAUUUAAGAAGUUGCUGGAUGAAGCAUCAGAGGAUAUUGACCAUGACACCAAUUAUCAGUCUUUCAAAAGAAAAUGGGGGAGUGAUCCACGGUUUGAGGCUUUAGACCGUAAAGAUCGGGAGGUUCUAUUAAAUGAAAGGGUUAUUCUCUUGAAGAGGGCUGCUGAAGAAAAGGCUCGAGCUAUACGUGCUGUUGCUGCUUCUAGUUUUAAAUCCAUGCUUAAAGAGAAGGGAGAUAUCAUUAUUAAUUCCCGUUGGUCCAGGGUGAAGGAUAGCUUGAGGAAUGAUCCUAGGUAUAAAUCUGUUAAGCAUGAGGAUCGAGAGGUUUUGUUUAACGAGUACAUAUAUGAACUCAAAGCCAUAGAAGAGAAAUCAGAGCGAAAGGAGAAAGUGAGAAAGGAGGAGGAGGAGAAACUAAAGGAAAGAAAGCGGGAGUUGCGGAAAAGGAAAGAGAGAGAAGAACAGGAAAUGGAAAGGGUGCGACUAAAAGUUCGCAGGAAGGAGGCAGUUGCAUCUUUUCAAGCUUUGCUUGUGGAAACAAUUAAAGAUCCCCAGGCAUCUUGGACUGAAUCAAAACCUAAGUUGGAAAAGGAUCCUCAGGGACGUGCAGUGAACCCUGAUUUGGAUUCAUCCGAUAUGGAGAAGCUCUUCCGUGAACACAUAAAGAUGCUUUUCGAGAGAUGUUCGAACGACUUCAGAGCUCUAUUAGCCGAAGUCAUAACUCAAGAUGCAGCUGCUCAAGAGACAGAAGGUGGUAAAACAGUCUUGAAUUCAUGGUCAACAGCCAAACAUCAUCUGAAGCCGGAUCCGAGAUAUAACAAAAUGCCGAGAAAAGAGAGGGAAACACUAUGGCGCCGAUGCACCGAGGAUUUGUUGAGGAAGCAAAAAUCGGCGAUGAAUCAAGAGGGAGAGAAACACACUGAUGCUAAAAGCAGAAGCUCUGCCGGUGAUUUUGGAAGAUCUUCAUCAAGUACAAGGAAAAAUCAAGAACGUAGAAAUAGCUUUUCUUGGGAAACUAGGCAUUUGUAGAAUUUACUGAUUUUCAAUACUCCCUUAGUCUCGGAUUUAUUGUCACAUGUUGACUUUUUACAUAAUAUUAGGAGGAAAAGUUUUUAUGA